ACGCCUGGCCGAGUCUUGUUGAUAUCAAAGCGUCAGUUUUCAUACGUCACUCGUAUCUUCACUUUUUUGUACUUUAGCCCUUAGUCAUGGGUCCAAAAACAUCUAGCAGUGAUGCACGGAGAGAAAAGAGGAAAGUAGUGAGAACAACGAUUGAAAUGAAGGAAAUAAUCGUCAAAUACGAAAAUGGUGGUCGUGUCUCAGGUCUUGCUCUCCAGUGCGGCUUCGACUUUCCUCAAAAUAAAGACUCGGUAAAGGCAGCUGAUGUUGCAAAGGGAGUGACUGUGAUUACGAACGAAAGGACACAGAUAAUGGAGGAAAUGGAGAAGCUACUGCUUAAAUAUAUAAAGGAAAAAGAGCUAGCCAGUGAUUGUAUCAGUGAAGCUAAAGGGACAGUAAGCCAAAGAGACAGAGAAGUGAAAAAAAAGAAAAACAGGACAGUUACCCAGUCAUUUUAUGGAGGGGGACUUCCCCCUUCCCUCCUACCCCAUCCAUGUACAUCUGCCAUCACACCGCAGCCAAAAAUAGAACAGCAACGAGCCCCCCCGAGAGUGGCGCGGGUGGGGCCACUGGCUCAAGCAGGAGUUCACGAUAGACAAGCGGUUCAUCCCCAUCAAGUGCAUCAUCUUCUUCUUUACUGGAGGAGUGGUCGCCUUCAUCCCGUACCUGACCCUCCACAUGCAGCAGCUGGGCCUUAAUGUCGAAGAAAUAGCCAUCAUGUACGCUGUGCUUCCGAUUGCCUCGCUUUUGGGUCCUCCUGCGACAGGCAUGAUCGCGGACAAAUUCGGCAAGUACAACAUCAUGUUCAUCAUCAACAUCAUCCUCACGGGCGUGUUCCAUACCCUGAUGCUGCAGGUGCCCCCCGUGCCCGGAAACGCCGUCACCUUCGAGUGUGACACGGGGGGUCAUAGCCUCGUGUGGGAGCAGUGCGACGACUGCUAUGACCUCAGGAACAACACCGACGCAGCGCUAACCAUAAGGUUCUGCAAAUACGAAUGCGAGAACGCACCCGAGGACGUGCAGUUGUGCCUGUCAAAUGCUUUCACAACAACCUGCAACUCUUACAAUGCCACGGAUAAGAUAAAGAUAAACGGGACUCUAUUCGCGCCGUGGAUGGAGGAGGGCCAGCAGUGCUUUCACACUUGGCGGGAAAUUGACUUCGAGGGAAACGUGUACAAUAAUCUUACCUGCAACUCCCCCUGCCCGAUGAAGUGUCAAGUAUUCGGUGAGAAGACCUGCCACGAAAUGCUGGACAAAAAUGCCCCGCCCAUGACCUUCUGGAGUUACUUCGUGCUUCGGUUGAUCGCGACCUUCUUCCUCGGUUCAUCCUUCACCAUGAUGGACGCCGUGACGCUUGCGCAGAUCAACAAGCAGGGCGGCGAGUUCGGCAAACAGCGCGUCAUGACCAUGGUGGGCUUCUCCAUCAUCCCGCUCAUAGCCGGCAUCAUCAUCGACAGAAUCGGAGAGAAGACGGGUGUAAUCGACUACAUGCCGGCCUUCUACCUCGGCGACGCCCUUCUGCUCCUGGCCGUCUUCCUGGUGUCCCGGUUGCCUCUGGAAGUCGAGCUGCCCGAGGAGAGCCUGACGAAGGGGCUGAAGGAAAUCAUAACGAGGGUGGAGAUCGACAUUUUCAUGAUCCUGAUUCUUAUUAUGGGCACCAACUACGGCUUCAUCGAGAGCUACCUGUUCGUUUACCUGAAGGAGCUGAAUGCGCCGAACUACUUGCUCGGGCUGACCAUGACGACCGGCUGCAUGAUCAGCAUCCCGAUGUUGUUCUGGGCCGACCCCAUUGUGGACAAGAUGGGGCGACACAACGUUUUUCUCGUGUCCUUCCUCGCCUACGCCGUCAGGAUGUUUGGUUACGCCUACAUCACGAACCCGUGGAUGUGCUUCCCCUUCGAAACCCUGGAGGUGUUCACGUACCAGCUGAUGUGGGUGGCGGCGGCGACCUACUGCCCGAUCCUGGCGCCCAAGGGCCUCCUCGCCACCAUGACGGGGAUGGCCGGGGCGAUGCACUACAGCUUCGGCAAGGGCUUGGGAGCGUUCGCCGGCGGUUAUCUGAUCGCUUCACUCAACACCGCGGGGGCCUUCAAGGUGUUCGGAGGCGUGGCACUCUUUGGCGCAGUCUUCUACUUCCUUAUUCAUCACUGCUACAUGAAGAAACUAGUAGAAAAGAGAGAGAAAGAAUACGAGAUAACGAAGGCUGAGGAGGACUCCAAGGUGAGCGAGUUGGAGGUCAUGCAGAGCAAGGACCGGAGAGUCAGUAGAGUCAGUACCUACUCGAGGAAGUCUUCUGUGGAUCAGAAUGGCAGGAGACUCUCCGUGGUGGAUGUCUUGAUGUAAAGAUUAUCGUCAGAUUUGUAUUGAUUUUUAUUUUAUUUUUAUUCUCUUUCAUUCUUUUUUAAUUAGUAAAUGAACUACAAUGCCCGGUAGCAUGUAUAAGUAGCAUUUGAAGAUUUUUUCAGGAGUGUGUAGUAGUUUAGUCGUUCCUGAAUUGUGUCAGGGACUAACUGAAGAAAAAAAUUGAUACUAAUUUUAGUGUCAUUAGUAGGUUAUGUACCCCCAUGGAGUACUUCCUAUAAUUUUGCUUUGUAUUGUAAUCCUUACAUAUAUCUACAUUUUAAUUUUAGACUUGAUGAGUAUCAAAAUUCAAAUAUUUGGCACUGGUUGUCAAAUAAGCAAGAUAAUUCCGUUUGCGUGUUUUUGUUCCAGUAUGAUGACUCCUAGAUUGCAUGAAUCGUACCACAUAGCAUUAACAUUGUGCACAGUAUGAACCCUGAUCUGUAUUCUUUUAAAGACAAAAAUGAAUGAGAAUGAAGAAUUUCACUGCGUAAGGUUAGCUUUGUAAAUAGCUUCUACACUUUUUCAAGAAAAGGAAAACUGGCAGCUUAUCGCGGCCUCAGGAGGACCGAUACGCUGUCUUUUUUUUUUUUUUUU